AUGGUCUACACGCCCAGCCACUUGGAACUUGACAGCCAGACCGUCGCCACCUUCACAUACUGGGGACUGGCACUUCAGUUCAAAGAAGGAGGAGGCAGCUUUGUCUUCGUCAACUUCGUGGUGACGUCGCUCGUGAGUGGUCUAGUCGCCUGUUUCCUACUGGCCCUGCCGUGGCUGCAUGGCCUGAGCUUUGGUGUGCAGCAUAUUCUGAUCCGAGUGGCAAUUUGGGUUGGACGGCUGCCAUUUCAGGAGUCUCAGACCUUGGGUAACGCUGGGCUUUCCAUGAACGCGGACUUGGCCUUACCCUUGGAUGCAGUGAGCCAGAUGAGGAUGCCGCCACUUCUGGGACCGUUUGUCGCGAUUGCAGCGGUGCUCCUCUGCCUUGGUGCCGGCGUGGCCAUGGUCCUUUCGCUACCGCAGCGGUCUGCUCGGACGGAUCGUCCAGACUCCAAGCAACUGGCACUCCCCGAUUUGGCUCUUUGCUCCGGCAUUCUCACGGGCACCUUCAUUUGGCUCUUCUUCGCAUACCUCUCUGUGGGUUUCCAGGGCUUGGCAAGCUUGGUGCUGCCGCCAAAUACCUACUCUGGAAUGGACCUGGGGGGUUACAGCCCAGGUCUGAAGAUGAUCCUAAUGCUCCAGACAGUCAUCGCACCUGUUGGACAGGCUGUCCUGGUGGGGCUUCGAGCGACAGAGCUUGUCUCCGAGCGUUGGCGACCUCUGGAGGAGCUCUUCAUGAGUCUGAAUGCUAUCGACGUCUUCGCCCUCGUUUUCCUGGCUGCCUUCCUAGACAAUGUCGAUGGCUUCACAACCUCCUUUGUCAGCGCGAACUUUGCCGACGUUGUUGAAAACACUGAGCAUUUCCUGGGCAUGGCUGCUGUUGGCGUUGACGCGGCAGUGGUGGAGAUGGGGCUUCCUUUUUCCAAUUUGCUGUCAGCUCUUCGAGUUAUGGCUUUGACUCCACGCAAGUUCUACACAUACCAACUCGUCGCUGCGCAUCAGGACGGAGAGAUGUUGAAGAUGCGGCUGUGGCGGUUGAGCUGCAGUGAGCUUUCGAAGAACCUUUGGGGUCAGGCAGUGGCGGAGGUUCCCGGCUAUCUGGCUCCGCCGCCGAGCGGUGUUCCCGGGCUGGAGCCUUCGCAGCUAUCACUAGGAACAGCAUUUGCGCUCUUUGUUGUGGCCAUCCCUGGUGUGCUCGGAACCAUCCAGAGGUCCGGCCAGGCAAAGUUUGUUGAGAAGACGUAUGUGAUGCCAGGCACUGCUGCUGGUGGGCUGGAGAUGCGUUCUAUCGCUGGCGGCAUCGUUGCCUACUUCACAGGACUCAACUACAUGAUGGAGGAGUCGCCGCAGCAGGGGCGCAUCCGCUUUGUAGGCCAGCUCCAAGGCAGCAUCAGCCAGGCUUUGUUUCUCACCUUCUGCCUUGGCGGUGCCAUCUUCGCGGUGGCGCUGCUGCUAGUGCAGAUCUUCCCGGAUGGCCCCUUUGGGGUAGGGCCGGACUGGUGGUUCACUCCCAUGGUCAUCAGCCCCUCCGCUGGUCUCUACUACUGGCAGCGAGCCUUCAGGAAGGACAUCGUGGAGUUGCAGUUAGGGAUGACGGACGACUUCAUGCAGACCUCCUUGGUCAUCCUCGGCAGUCUGGAGACGAUUGAGGAGCUCCAGAACGGUGUUCGAUUUCAGCCGGUUGCCCAGUCCGCAUCGUUUCUGAACGAUCUUCGGCAAGCUCUUCAAGACCUUGCUCUUGAAUCCUUAAAGCAGUGCUUUGUAGUACCAUGGUUGCCAAUCCUUCCUCCCCACUUGUGCCCUUGA